CGACGUUGUGUUUUAAUAUGGCUGCUACGUCCACGUGAAUACCUAACCAAAUUUGAUUGUUUACACAUGGAAGUAUAUUAAGCGGUUGUAAUAAUAAUUUCAUUAUGGGUGAAGAUACAAGUACGGUUGAAAAAGUCACGAGAAUGGAAGAUAUUCUCAGUGAUAGUCCUAUAGUUGUGGAUAAAGAUACUUCAAAUACAGAAGAAGUAAAAAUCAAAAAAGGAAAAGCAUUAGAAAUACAAAUUCCAAAAGGUAAACCAAAAUCUGGUAGAGUAUGGAAGGAACAGAAGAAAAGGUUCUCUUCUAUUAUCAAAACUCGUGGAAUACGUUUGUCAUUUGAGAAGAAGCAGAAACUGAGGAAUGACCUACAAAGGGUAAAAGACAUGUCUCGGGCAAUCAAAGCACAGAAACAUGCAGAAAAAGAAGCUAAGAAGCAAAGGAGAAUUGCAAAUUUGAAGCGUGCUGAAGAGAACCAGAAGAAGGGUGAAGUUGUACAAGUGAUCACAAACACUGCAAAACUAAAGAACAUAAAGAAAAAGCAUUUGAGAACGAUACAAAAAAGAGACACCCUUAAUUUAUAACAAUGUUAAUAAAAUGAAAUUACAUUAACUUGUAUAUGCUUAAUUUUAUAUAUUGUAAAAUAUUUUAUAGUAAAA